GAGUGUUUACCUAGAUAUAUAAUUGCCUAAGUACUUGUCUAUGUAGCAGAUUACUAGGUAGAGUAUUAUAUGUAAAAGAUACAUACCUAGGUCUCCUACUCACCUAGGUAAUCUACAUUGUGAACCAGGCAAUUCGGAGGUAGAUAUUUGGAUGGUGCAAGGCCGUGUUAUUAAUACAUGGUGUGCUUAAUCUGACAGGCUCUAGGACUAACCUUUACUCCAAGCUGAGGAAUUCUGGUUUUCAAAACCACAUGUCUAAGUACCUAUAUUCCGGUCAGCCAGGAUUUCAGCCUCGAAGAGAGGAGGCCAACCGCAGUAACGCCAGACUGCAUGUGGUGAAACCCUUUUUCAUAGAACUCGGCUUCUCUGUUCCGUAUCUACCUUUCUUCUAAUAAUUACCUGAUCCUCGACCUAGUUCCUGUUGCCCACUGCCCAGGACAAAAUUUAUAAUCUUCUUGAUUAAAUUAACAUCACAAGUGUUUUCCAGCCAAUCGUGAACGAUUAGGCAUUGAGCGACAUGACCUUUUGACAAAAUUACUAGAUAACUGAAGAGACUAUGUCAUCUGGUAGUCCGCUUAACAUGGGUCAGGGAACAUGUUAUUGCGGGUUGCCAACUCCGCACCAAUUCAUAGCACCAAUAACUCAAGAGACGAGACAGCCAGAUCUCAAAUUUGGGUAUAUGGCCGUCUUUUGUCCAGAAUACAGAUGUGGCUUCAUCCAGAAAUGGCACUGCCCCGAAGUAACAAGCCAGUUCAAUGAGAAGCAGCACGCGAGGUACUACAACCAGGCACAAGACACAAGCUAUGAUCGUGUAUCUACCCAAGGUAGUGGUCAUCAUAUUGGCAAUACUAUAGUCUACCACCAGGAUUUCAAUUUCGGCAACCUACGAGAUUAUAGCAGUCUACUUCCAUCUUUUCACGCUGGACAGUCGAACUUCGGGAUACUGAGAGACAAUAGUACCAAGAUCUUUCCAGUGUUUCUAAGGCCAGAUUACGGACCCAACAGAUUCGGUUAUGGUAGUUACCAAGCUUAGAAUUGAUAACCCCUUUGAAUAAAGCAAAACAAUACUCUUAUGAAUUUGGCACACUACCUGCUUUAAUAAUAACAUAAUAUGUAC